AUAGUUCAAUCGAUAUCUCCGAGCUAUCGAUAAGUGGAAGAGGCAGCAAGCAAGAAAAUAAAAAUAAAAACUGCAAAUUGUUGAAUAUUUUUGUGAAAUUAACAAAAGUUGUUGCCACUUGAACGUUUAUUAUGUCAUAUUUGGCCAAUUUCAACAAUGAGAACGCUAAACAAAUACUCAUGGACAUCAUUCGUUGUGUCAACCAGCCGGAAAACUCCAAGAAACUUUCAGAGGCAAAGGCCUCGGCUGGAAAGGAGAUGAUUCUCAUGAUGCAGCAUGUAUUUCCGUUGGUCAUGCAACUUCAGCUGGAGGUUAUAAAGGGACAUGGCUUUCCUGGUAACCGCGAGGGAUUAGUUCAGUUCUCCCAGCUCAUUCGGGAAAUGGAGCGCGACGACAUGGAAAUCGCACGCCUGCGCAGUCAGAUUCGAGCUAUAUACCUGCCGCCUAUAGCUAUAAAUACCACAAACGAUAUCCUGAUAUAGGGGACCCCACCAAGACUGUACUGCUGGCCUGGUUCGGGUUGCAUACAUAACUUCACCUUUUACAAGACUGUCACGACUAAAUUGUAUUAUUUGUUUCAUAUUUACGUAUUAUUUUAGAUGACUAUGUUCUUCACCUGAAUAUCUGGCAUUAUUCAGCCUUUUUUAAUAUUCCACACAACGUUUUACUCGAACCAGUCCCAUGUAAUAGACUUAAGUUUGAUGUUCUUAAAAAAUGCAUUUCUUUUUAUAUAAA